UGUACUCCCUUACUACAAACACCCCCCCCCCUCUCUCUCUCUCCUCUUUAGUUUUUACUCCCCUCUCACUCCCCUCUGAAAGCCAUCCUAUUCAUCAAACCAUCCAAAGUUUUUUUUUUACCCAACCCAAAACCAUUGGUCUCUCUCUCUCCUAUCUGAUCAUUCAUCUCUCGUCCCGUCUUUUCCAUCCCUUCUGACGCCUCCUCUGCCCCAUCUCCCUCUGCUGCCCUGGCUACUAUCUCACCACUUCUCUCUUUCUCUCUCAUAUCCCGACCCUCUCGAUUUAACUCCAAAGUUUAAAGCCCAGACUUCCAAUUCUACAUCAACUAAAGGGAAACGAAAAACAAAAAGAAAAAGAAAAUGUGGGUUUAGAUGGAUGAACUGUUAUCUUCGUCUUCUUCAGAAAAGAAGAAGCUGCAGCAGCAGGAGAUAUGUUGGUUAGGAGAUGAAGGAGAGGCAACGUUGGCAACCCGAAGAAGACGCACUCCUCCGCGCCUACGUUAAACAAUAUGGACCAAAAGAAUGGCACCUCGUCUCUCAACGCAUGGGCAAACCCCUGGACCGAGACGCCAAAUCCUGCCUCGAGCGGUGGAAGAACUAUCUCAAGCCUGGUAUCAAGAAAGGCUCUUUGACCCCAGAAGAACAAAACCUCGUCAUCUCUCUCCAAGCCAAGUACGGAAACAAGUGGAAGAAAAUCGCCUCCGAAGUCCCCGGUCGCACCGCCAAGCGCCUCGGCAAGUGGUGGGAAGUCUUCAAGGAGAAACAGCUCAAGCUGCAACAGCAGAAGCAACAGAAAACCCAACAGCAGCAACGUCUCCUCCCCUCGGACCACCCUGACCCAUCUGCACCCUCGCCAACCCCACCACCCACCACCACUCCUGAACGCUCUCUACACGGCCAAUACGACCACAUUCUGGAAACCUUUGCAGAAAAGUACGUUCAGCCCAAGCUCCUCAAGCUCCACCAGCAGCAACCACAACCAUCGCUUCUCCCUUCCUCGUUAUUGAUGCCUAGUCAUCUCCCACUCCCCGAAGCUCCUCCCAUUCUAUCACUGGCCACCACCACCAGUAGCACCACCGCUGUUCUUCCCGCGUGGAUGAAUAACCCCAACAUGGUCUCGUCAACCUCGUCCUUGUCUUCCUCCUCUUCAGCCACGCCUUCACCGUCUGUGAGUCUCUCGCUCUCUCCUUCGGAGCCGACCGGUCUGGACUCGGUGUCGCAGGAGAUGGGUCUGACCCACCAGCGGUUCUUCACGGUUCAUCAAAUGGGCACGCUUGUUCAGUAUUGCAAGGAACUCGAGGAAGGGAGGCAAAGCUGGUUGCAGCAUAAGAAGGAGGCUACGUGGAGACUGACUCGGUUGGAGCAGCAGUUGGAGUCGGAGAAGGCGAGGAAGAGGAGGGAAAAGAUGGAAGAGGUUGAGGCCAAGAUUAGGUCUCUGAGGGAGGAAGAGAUGGCCUAUCUUGAUAAGAUUGAAAACGAAUGUAGGGAGCAACUGAACGCUAUUCAGAGGGAUGCCGAUGCGAAGGAAGCCAAGAUGGUAGAGCUCUGGUCUAGUAAGCAUGUUAAACUCGCUAAGCUUGUAGAACAGAUGGGUAUUCACAGCUUCCCUCUUACAAAGGACUUGCAUUAACUCACCACUGUUUCCGGUUGAAUUCUGAUCUUUUGAUGAUCGAUCGGUCGAUUCUAUUUCUUUUUUUUUUUUUUCCUUUUUUCCUUUGGGCAAUAUAAUCUAGUCUUUGCAUUUGAAAUUAUGGGUGUCUUUCUGAGUUCAACUAUUGAAAUGGGUUGAUUUUAAUUCUAUGUUUUAUAAACAAUUGUUACAUCUGUUCCAGACAAAGCGAGGGAGAGAGAGAGAGAGAGAGAGAGAGAGGGGGCGGGUGGGGAGGUAAGUCGAGUAACCAGUGGUCAGUAACUCAGUAUCAGACCAGGCUUAGCUUGCUGCAUGUUUUGUCCAAUCUGCUUCAACAUUUUUGUUUAAAGCGAAUGUGAGUA